AUGGGGCUUUGUGGUAUCAGGGUGCCUCAAAAUCCCACGCUUUCUAUUCCUCAUCAUUUCCAUAACAAUACCCAUAUGAGGAAACCUUUGUGCACUGCCAUUUCAGCUGCGGUAUCUUCGCCUUGUGUUAAGUUGAAGCUAGGCAAGCGGUGGAGGGAGUAUCAAGGGCUUCAUAAUUGGGAGGGCUUGCUAGACCCUCUUGAUGAGAAUCUCCGUAAUGAGAUUCUUCGUUAUGGGCAGUUUGUGGAUGCGGCUUACAAGUCAUUCGACUUCGACCCUUCCUCCCCUACCUACGCUACUUGUCUAUACCCCAAGGCCUCAUUGCUUGACCGCUCUGGCCUUCCUGCCACUGGCUACCGUGUGUCUAAGCAUUUGAGGGCUACCUCUGGAAUUCGGCUCCCGGGGUGGGUCCAUAAGGCUCCCUCUGUAGCUACUAACUCUAGCUGGAUUGGGUAUGUGGCUGUUUGCCAGGACAAGCAGGAAAUCUCCCGGCUUGGACGGCGGGAUGUUGUCAUUGCUUUUAGAGGCACUGCUACUUGCUUGGAGUGGCUUGAGAAUGUCAGAGCCACACUGACUAAGCUUCCCAGUACGGGGUGUGGACCCCACAUGGCGGUUGAAAGUGGGUUCCUUAGUCUUUACACUUCCGGGACGGAUUCGUGUCCAAGCUUGCGCCAAAUGGUACGUGAGGAAAUAUCCCGGCUGCUACAAUCGUAUGGGGACCAGCCUCUUAGCUUAACCAUUACAGGACAUAGCCUGGGUGCCGCACUUGCAACGCUGGCGGCUUAUGAUAUAAAAGAGUACUUCAAACGAGCGCCUAUGGUGACGGUGAUGUCGUUUGGAGGACCGCGCGUGGGGAAUAGUAGCUUCAGGAAGCGAGUGGAGAAGCAAGGGACGAAGGUGUUGCGCAUUGUGAACUCGGAUGAUGUCAUCACCAAAGUGCCUGGCUUUGUGGUGAAGGAGGAGGAGGAGGAGGAGGAGGAGGAGGGAGGGCAUGCGGUGGCAUCCAAAUUGAAGGGCGGCGGAGUGCCGCGGUGGAUUCAGAAAUGCGUGGAGGAUACGCAGUGGGCGUACUCGGAGGUAGGACGAGAGCUGCGGCUGAGUAGCAGAGACUCGCCACACCUUACGGGGAUUAACGCCGCCACGUGUCAUGAUUUGAACACGUACCUUCACUUGGUUGAUGGAUUUGUUAGUUCCAGCUGUCCAUUCAGAGCAACGGCUCGCAGAUUUUUCCUUUCAAACAAAACAAAAUAA